CGUGGCUAGCAGUUAGUGGACACGAUAUGAACAGCAAUGCUAUCAAAUUAAGGAUCACCUCAUUAUGGGUUAGGAUAAUUAGCAUUAUUGUACCUCGGCAUAGUUUAAAAAAAGUUUGCAGCUGCCUUAAUUAAUCCCUGACCUUAACGCACCACCCAGCGAACACGUUAAGUGACCAAAUCAAACGCACCUAGCAUGUUUCCGUAAAGGAGCGCGCUGUGUCUGGCUAAUGCUAACAUGCUAACAUGCUAACAUGGAUCAGAAGUUGAACAUGGAGCAGUUAGAGGACAUAAUGACGUCCAGACAACCCUGGAUGGUGAGAAGGCCAUGAAGGAGAAUGGAGCUCCACUCAUCACCCAGAGGGCUCUCCUCCCAUCAGUUCCUCCCCCCUCCUCCAUGUUUUUACUCUCCAAUGCUUUCCCUAAUAGACUGUGAAGAAGAAGAGCCUGUUGCAAUGAUACUCAUGCUUGAGAAGCGGUGUGGUCCAGCAGCUACCGUGAUGUGGCUGGAUACCAAAGCGGAGGUGAAGGAGGCCAGCAGGAAUCGGGCCAGCCUCAGUCAGCGUGUGUUGAGCGGUCUGCUGUUCUGUACUGGGGACAUGGAGCACCUGGAUAAGUACAUGCAGGACAAGUUGUUUGUGCUGCAGCUGGCGGUGUGGGGCCUGAGAGGGGUGACCCGGGUGAUCCUAGCCAACAACCCGCUGAGUGGCGCUCUCAUCCUGGCUGCACUGUACUGGGCCUCCCCCUGGAAGGCGCUGCUGGGGACUGUGGGUGUACUGGCCUCGACGCUAACGGCUGUUAUUAUGGGCCAAGACAGUGCUGAGGUGUCGGGGGGUCUCCAUGGUUUUAACGGCAUGUUGGUGUCUCUGCUGAUGGGGGAGUUCAGCUCGGCUGGAGACUGGUACGGGUGGAUGCUGCUGCCCGCCUGCUUGGGGUCCGCUACAUGUGUCUUUCUGUUCAGUGGUCUCUCUCCGCUGUUGGACCGCUGGGACUUGCCUGUCGCAGUGUUUCCCUUCAACAUCGUCAUUUUCCUCUACCUCCUUUGUACCGGGCCAGACAACCCUUACUUCCCGCACCACCCGGCUACACCAGCGGGGCUGUUGGAGCCCAAUGGCACCGAGCUCAUGGCAGUCGAGGUGAGGUGA